AUGUCCCAGGCGGCACCGAACGAAGUUGAGGCGGUACGGCGUGAGGAUUCCGUCAUUUUACGGCAAACCCCGCAAACGAUGGCGAUGGCACCGACACCGUCGACGGUCGGCACCGACACCACACCGGCUCAGAACACAACAACACCGCCCGUGACGGUAACACUGACGGUACCGAGCUUCGGAGGCGGCGGCGAAGAGUUGGGCUACGAUUCGCAACAACUGCAACAACAUCAUCUGCAACCACCAUCAACACCGAGCUCCUAUCAAAAGCGGCCCGUCUCGGUGUACUCGGCCACCAACAACCACCGGGUACCACCGCCACCGAUCAUCCGAGCCGUCUCGUACCAACCGUCGCUGGCCGGUACGGCCGUAACGCACCAAUCGGAGGACUCCGCAAACCACCACACACUGCCACCGUCGACGGUGGAGGAAAAAUCGAAGCACACGCGCCGCUACCUAGCCGGUGUGACCGGCAUCAGCUACGCCCUGUUUCUGAUCGUGUUCGGUUUGAUCGCGUUCAUCACCGACGCGGUGGAGAACAAUGCGCGCUACCCGCUGGCCGAGGUGUUUGCCCUCUACAUGGUGUCGACCGGUAUCGUCUACUUUGUCUUUCUCUACGUCGACAUCCGGCUGUACGUGCGGCGAGCGCAGCGCGCCGUCGAGGAGCUCAAUCGGCGCCGUGAGCUGUACAACGAGCAGCUGCAGCUGCGCUCGAUGGCAACGCUGGUCACGGCCAACGGUGGCCUGGAACUGGCCACCGGUGAUCAGCCGAUCGGCGUACCGCGCCCGCUGGAGACACCGCUCGAGCCACUGAAACCGAUCCCGCACGAUUAUUGCUUCGUAACGGGGCGGCACGGUGAGAUCAUCUACCUGAAGCUCGGCGCUACCUGGUUCUGCUUCGGGCUGCUGAUCCACUCGGUGCUGCUGCUCUCGUACCAGGGCAUCCUGAUGAACAGCCGGGACGGGAAGUGGGCCCAGUGUGCGUCGAACACGACCAUCGCCAUGGAGGUGCUGUUUCUUUUCUACUGUCUCUUUCUGAUAUUCUUCUUCUGGAAGUACGCCAACAUCGUGAUCAACCGGUACCGUGGGUUGGCCCGGUUCGGUAUCAUGCACGCCAUCGGGACCGCGCUCGCCUUCUGGGUGCUGACGAUCGUGCGCGAAACGGUGGUCGCGAUCCGGAUCAAGCAGUCGUACUACGACGAUUACGCCGGCAACGGUCCCGAAGCUGCUGCUGCCACGGUGGCGGCGAUCGAUGCACCGUGGAACCGAUCCGCACCCGUCCUGUCGCCCAUCGACUGUCCGGGGCCGGAGGAGCUGAACCAGGUGUUGGCUUCCUUCUCGCCCUACCUCUACCCGUUCGUGAUCGAGUUUAACAUUCUGAUCGUGGGGCUGCUCUACAUGAUUUACGCUAACAUCAGCAAAUGCCCGAAAAAGAUCACGGUCAAGGGACACCGGGGCCAUGGUGGGCAUGGUGGGCACGGCGGCAGCGUGCACGGUGAUCAUGUGUCGAAGGUGGGCGGUGGUAGCGUGGUCGAUGGGUUCGAUGGACGCAGCGAGCACAGCGACCACUGUGACGAUACGCUCGAUCACGAGGCCCAGGUCAAAUCGCGGCUCAUCGUGUACGGUGACUGUCAGCACGCUAGCCGUGGUCUGUUCGCCGGACUGCUGCUCAUCGUCGCCACCAUCGUCGUCAUCAUACUCUUCCACAUCGCGUCCCGCGACGACGACUACCGGGACACGGGUAUCCUGCUGGACGGUAUCUUCGAGGUGACCGUACUGGGCAUCAUGAUAUUAGCGACGCUCGCCGCCUACUACCAGACGGCCCGGCUCGACAUCAAUCCGCAUCCGAUCUCGCGGCUCGACGAUGUGCUGCUGUUCAUCGCGAUACCGGCGUUCUUCUCCGAGACGUUGUUCAGCAUGAUACCGGCGUUCGAGAACGGUUCGAUCCUGAACGGGUUCAUCGUGUUCACGCAGGUCGUCCAGGUGCUGAUCCAGACACCGUGGAUCUGUGACGCGCUGCGCCGCUGCUCGAACACGGCCGAGCUGCAGCAGCAGAAACCGGGCAAGGAGCUGGUCACCUUCAUGACCAUCGCGAACGUGUCGCUCUGGAUCUACUACACGUUUGCCGUCAAAACCGGUGACAUUGGCGAUGAGCGGUACGAGUACUACGGGGAUGUGCUGUGGUCGAUCCUGAACCACCUCUCGCUACCACUCAUCAUGUUCUACCGGUUUCACUCAUCCGUCUGCCUGGUGGACAUCUGGCGCCAUUCGUACGAACCGGGCGAACAUGCCCAUUGACACCAGGUGCUCAGCCC